AUGAAGAGUCUUAACAAUAAGCGACUGCGUAAAGCUUACCUCAUUGCUGAACUGUUGACCCAACAGGUUCAGCUUACAGCAGCGGAGAAAAUGUACAUGUUGACACUGGCUAGGCAUGAAAAGGCGCUGGGAGCGGAUCACAUGUUGACACUCCUUACGGUUAACAAUCUGGGAAAUCUAUACGCUAACCAAGGCAAGCUGGACGAGGCGGAGAAGAUGUACCAGCGGGCACUAGCUGGGUAUGAGCAGGCACUAGGACCGGAUCAUACGUCGACACUAGACGCGGUCAACAAUUUCGGAAAUCUAUACACUCACCAAGGCAAGCUAGACGAAGCGGAGAAGAUGUACCAGCGGGCGCUGACUGGAAGCGCCGGGAUCCAAAUUGAUCACGUAGCUCGACGAGAACGUGGCAUGACCGGAUGUGUCGCAGGAUCAGGCUCGUCCCCUGGAGUCGAAGGGCCCUGCAUAGGUCUAGGCUACCAACCCAGACCGAGCGUCCCGAUUGUCAUUGAACCGGGCCCGAAAAUCUUCCCACGCAAGAUCUGGAGGCUGACUGGCCAGCCAAUUCCAUCGGCUAGCAGGGGCCUUGCUCGGUCGACACGCUGA